UAAAAAAUAAAUUCAUAAAUUAGUUGAUCUAUUUAACAAUUUUAUUAAAUAAAGUAAAAUAACUGCCAUUUAAAUCAGAAAUACUAUUCACUCCGUAUCAAUACGCAAGCGCAGAGAGAACAAAUUUUCAUCUCGGUGCUGGGGAAUGGCGGCUCAAAGAUGGAUGUUUACUACAGAACAACUAACAAACACUCCCAGUCGAAAGUGUGGGAUAGAUGCCGACAAAGAACUCUCCUAUCGUCAACAGGCUGCCAAUCUGAUCCAAGACAUGGGUCAAAGACUUCAAGUUGAGCAGCUGUGUAUAAACACAGCCAUAGUGUACAUGCAUAGAUUCUACAUGUUCAGAUCCUUCUCUAGAUUUCCUCGAAAUGAAAUGGCACCAGCAUGUUUAUUUUUGGCAGCAAAGGUUGAGGAGCAGCCAAGAAAGUUGGAGCAUGUCAUCAAAGUGGCCCAUGCUUGUUUAAACAGAGAUCAUAAUACACCAACUCCUGAUCCAAGGACAGAGGCUUACCUGGAGCAGGCCCAACAACUUGUCAUCAAUGAAAACAUAUUGCUACAGACACUAGGAUUUGAGGUGACUGUAGAUCAUCCACAUACCCAUGUUGUUAAAGCAAGCACAAUCAUUCUGGCUAAAGCCAGCAAAGAGCUUUCAAAGACCAGCUACUACUUGGCCACAAACAGUUUACAUAUGACAACACUGUGUCUCCAACAUAGACCGACUGUUGUUGCAUGUGUCUGUAUAUAUAUGGCUUGUAGGUGGGCAAAUUAUAAGAUUCCUCGUUCAAAUGAAGGUCGUGAAUGGUUCCAGUAUAUUGACCAAAAGGUUACAAUGCCACUCAUAGAAGAAUUAUAUAAUGAUUUCCUGAACAUUCUCAACAAAAGUCCAAUGAAACUGAAGAGAAAAAUAAUGGGAUGGAAGGGUAAUGAAGGACAAAGUCGUGAUGACGAGAGACCUUCACAGGGCAGUUCACAACCAGAUUCUAAUAGACCAUCUACCUCUACACAUACAAGUAACAAACACUCAAACCAUGACCGACGUGAUGGACCAGAGCCUGGCAAACAUGCACAUCCUGAUCAAAAACAGUCUCAUGAAAGUAAAGAUGUUCGAACAGAACAUAAAAAAGAACAUUAUCCAGAGAAGCGACCUAGUGAUCAUAAACCUGGGUCAUCUUCUCAUCAUCCUGAAAGAAAACCUCAAUCUGGUCAUCACCCUGAUCCUAAACAUUCAAAAAGAGAAGAACGUCGAGAAGGGCAUUCACACAGUCAGCCUCACAGAAAAGAUUCUCAUCAUCCGAAUACAGCCUCUGAACACCCGCGAGAUAAGACCUUACCUUAUGAACGACAGAAAGAUUCUUCUCAGGUUAAAAAAGACAUAAAUCUGAACGGUCGAACUCAUUCCAAUAGUAGUUCCGCCCCUCUGGCUAAACCUCAUCAAGAAGAUUUAAAAACUGAAAAUAAAGACAGUCCAGUAAAUAAACCUGAACAAUUACCUUCAGUCGAUGUUUCAUCUAAUGUUCCUAAUCCUCAAGCUCCGGCAGGAUUGUUACAAAAAUCAAAAACCGCUAUAGACUUCAAUCAAUAUGUUAAACGUCGAGAACAAGAAAGACUUGAAAAGGAAAAACAACUUGAAAAGGAGAAGACUUUAGAGAGACACGAGAGAGAUAAACAUCGAGAACGAGAAAAACAAGCACGAUAUGAAAGAGAAAAACUUGUAAAACAUAGAAGUGCUGAAUCAGAACUUUUAAAUAAAACAUUUUCAGAGGGAAGUGGUCGUGAACAAAAACAUCGCCCACCAAAGUUAGAUGUUAGUCUCCCACUUCCUGAAAAUAAUGUUGACCAGAAAUCUUCAAAUAAUAAAGACAAAUCUGAAAGACCAUAUAAUGUGAAUAUCAAAAGUCCAAUUAAACCUCACCAUAAUAUUACAGUGAAAAGCCCUAUAAAGAGCUCAGAUCUUAAACAGCCAAAGUUAGAACUAGCAAAAGUGCAAAUAACUCCAGAAAAAGAUGGAGGAGAUCCAUUCAGUGUAAAUAUAAAUACAGAUCCUGCUAUAAGAAAAUUAAUAGAACAUGACAAACAAGAUCCUGACUCCUUAGAUCUACAGGCAAAGGAGCAAGAUUCAAAAGAUGGUGUAAGUGAAUUAAAUAUAAAAAAAGAAAUUAAAACCGAACCGGAGGAUCUGGAACCGGGAGAAAUUUUUGAGCCUGAAAUUACCCUUAACCCUGAACAUUCUUCUGCUCCAGACUUUAAAAUUAAAGAAUUAAACUAUGAUCCUGAAUCUGGAAUGGAAAGUGCUGCUGCAUUACGUUUGGCUAUCAAGCAAGAACCAAACAGUUCUGAACAAAGUUCUGCAUUCAAAUUGAAAAUUCCAAAUUCCGGAGUAAGUAGUGGAAACUCCCCUUUAAAAAUUAAAAUCAGUACAAAAGGUCUUUCAACUGAUAGUGACCAUAGUUCUGGUAAACAUAGUUCACCUCAUCGACAUAAACAUAAGCACAAAGAUAAACAUAAGUCCCAUAAACAUUCGCGUGAUAAAGAACGACACAGAGAGAAACAUCGUGAAAAGCACAGCAGUAGUAGUGUUGCAGAAACUAACGGACAACCUCUAAAAUUGAGCAUCAAGUUGUCAGAUACUGGUUCUACAAGUGAACAUUGGUCUGUUAAAAAUAAGCAUGAUAAGUACAAACAUAAAGCAUCCAUUUCAGAUCCAUCUUUAAAUAAAUCUAACAAUGCUCUUGAACCGGAACGUUCACAACCCUGGUCAAUGUCUGAUUUAAUUGUAAAAUCUGGUUCCUCCAAAGCACAAUCUCCCUCAAGAAAGCGUAGGCGUACACCAACAGUUGAUCAAACAGUAGAACAGAAUUCAAAUUCAAAAGCAGCAAAAAUGGGUUCAAAUCGUAUAAGACGUUCAUCGUCAUCUCAUUCUGUUGUUAGUAUGGAACUAUCUGAUGGUGAAGAAACUCAAGCUAAUGGUCCACAAGACCAAAAUACCCUGAAUUUACUUAACAUUAAUCUCAUGCAGGCUAUUGCUCAAACAAAACAAAAAGUUGAAAGUUUACAAAGAUCUCAGUCAACUAGAAAUUCUCCUCGGGAACCAAAACCUUUAGUUAAUAGACAACAAUCGGGAUUUGACUUAGAUGGUAUGAUGUGGGCGGGAAGUGGUGCAGGUGAAGCUCCGCCUUUGCCUCCUGGCCAUCCUCCUCCCCCGCCUCCUGAAAAAAUGAAACCCCCUCCCCCACUUUCCUGAUAUUAAACUGUUACCAAGGAAAUGGGAGAUCAGAAGUAUAUGUUUUACUGUUGAGGAAACUUGAAUUCCCUCUCUUUUUGUAUGAUUAUACCAAGCAAUUUUGUAGAAAUUUGAUAACAUUAUACACUAGUUGUGACUUUUUCAGUUUCUCACCAUUGUAUCUUGUCAUGUAUAAGAGUGGAAAGCUUGAUAUAAUACUGAUGAUCGGGUACUAGUCCUUCAUACAGUGAUUCUGUUUCAUCUAGUUAUUUGAAGCCAGUGUUUAUAAUAUGAGCCGCGUCACGACAAAACCAACGUAAUGCCUUUGGGACCAGCAUGGAUCCAGACCAGCCUGUGCAUAUGCUCAGUCUGAUCAGGAUUCAUGCUGUUCGCUUUCAGUUUCUUUACUUGUAAUAGGGUUUGUUGUCGAACAGCAUGGAUCCUGAUCAGGCUGCGCUGAUGCGCAGGCUGGUCUGAAUCCGUGCUGGUCGCAAACGCACUAUGUUGGUUUUGUCAUGACGCGGCUCAUUUCAUUAUUAAAUUUUAUGUAUUUUCAGCUGUAUUCAGGUCGAAUUUUGUUUGGGAUUCUUAUUUUUCAAUUCAUUUUUUCUUGCAUGCAAACUAUUGUUUAUAGUAUUUAUGCCAUAGUUUGGUUUGUAUUAUAAUGAUAUUUGAGAAAUAAUGUUUUGUUCUGAAAAACAAAGAGCUAAUAUGUAUUAGGGGUGCAACAAUACAGUCAAACCUAUAGUGCCAUGUGUUGAGAUGCAGAUAUCGUGUAUGGCAACGCAUUAAUCCUGAUAAAAAUGUAUGAGUAAAACUUCCGUGUAUUUUCAACAAUGUUAAAAGUCUAUAAAACUUAUUUAAAUGUGGUGUCUUUGUUUUUAACACUCAAGAUUGUCUUUAUAACAAAUGUUAGUAAAUUUAAAAUGCUGCAGUGCUUGAAAUUGUCCAAUGUACAUGAUUUAAGAAAACAUUGCAGCUCAAGAAUUUUUUACCAAUGUAGGUAUCAUUGGAUGCUUCAACACAAUAUGCUGGUAUACCUGUCAACUGUUGCACCACUUCUACGUUAUGAAACAAGUUGAAUAAUUUGUUCUGUUUAUAACUGAUUAUCUGUACUGUUACAGUAUUCUUUGAGAAAAAACUGUACUUCAAGAAAGUUUAAGUCUUAAUCCAUAGUUUGUUAACAUGAGUUUAACCAUUUAAAUCUUGUAUGACAAGAUUUUCAGUAUUACAGAAAUAUUGCUGUUUUAUAAUAUAAACUUUGAUAGUCACCUUGCUACCAUACAAUAUAGAACUACAGAAAAGUGUGCCAAAUAAAGAAAAGAACCCCUUAAAAGUGUUAAAAAUACUUUUUCUUUCUUUUUAUUUGGAAGGUGCUUUUUAUUUAAAAAAUCAUUUCAAAUGUGACAUUUUCUCAAGUCUUGUCUACAAAAAUGUAUACUAACUUGUAACUUAUUUGAGAUUUCAGAAUUGUUUAAAGUGUUUCAUAUAAGAUGAACUAUUUGAGCCGUGCCAUGACAAAACCAACAUAGUGCAUUUGCAACCAGCAUGGAUCCAGACCAGACUGCGCAUCCGUGCAGUCUGAUCAGGAUCCAUGCUGUUCCCUUACAAACACUAUAACAAGUAGAGAAAGUGAUAGUGAACAGCAUGGAUCUGGAUCCAUGCUGGUCGCAAACCCAUUUUGUUGGUUUUGUCAUGGCGCGGCUCAUUUGUAUUAUGUUGAAAAGAUCUACAACUUCUAUGGUGUAAUGGUUGUCUUUAACACAUCUGCUGCUCCAGGGUAAAUGCUAAACUAAAAAAUAUGUGCUCAAUAAGCGGGGUAGAAGGACUAUCUGGUGUAUGGGCCUACAAUUUGUAAACUCCGGACCUUGUUUAGCCAUUGUUUUUCCACAAAAGUUCAGUUGAUUAAAAAAUUUGUAACUGCUCUUCAUUGAUUUAUAUGGGGAAAAUAACAGUUACUCUAAUGUUCAUAAAGUAAUUACCUUCAUAUAAAAGACUCAACAUGCUGAAAAAUUGGCUCAAAACUUAGCUAGAAAUAAAAAUUGCAUUCCUUGAGAUGUUUGAAUAAAGAUUGGAAAUUAUUUACUCUCAGGUUUCUGAAACUACUGUUACUUCAAGAGAAACAAAUUUUUGUAUAUUUUAAUCAGGAAGUGGUGUUAAUUUUGUUAUGCUUUGAUAUAGUCUACUUUAUUUUGUAAUAGUUGAUGAUUGAUGUGUUCAUAUUGUUAUAAUUAACAGAAAAUUGUUUGAUAUUCUGUAUGAAAAACAGUUUUAUUUAUAAAUUCCAUGUCAAAGUGUUAAAUGUGUACAAUGAAAUAUGUGUUUAAAAUGUACAUGAGUAAGGUCUGUAGGACUGUGAAGGAAAAAGAACAUAGUUUUUUUUAGGGAUAUCAUUAAUGCUUGAGAUAUUCAGUAGAAAAGAAUUACCAGUCUUCGUGUUUUUGUGAAUAAAUAAUGGGAGAACUUUUAAAAAUAAUGUUUUUCGCUAUUUGUCAGUGGAAAAUGCUUGAAUAGUAAUGCUUUUUGUCAUUAAAUGUAAACUUACACAAUAUCCAUUUACAAUCUACAGCAAAUAUGAUUGAAUGAAUUAUCUGGAAAUUCAGACAAAAAAUAAUGAUAGCUAUGCCCUUAAUUGAUUUGUUUAAAGCUAAAAUUAUUUCUAUAUCAAAUGGAGUUGAUUGUUGUACACCCGGAAUAUCUGGAUUAGAUUAUAUUAGCUGAUUAAAGUCAAUCAUGAUAAUCUUAAUCCCGCUACAUUGCCCUGCUCUAAAUUUUGAACUUUCAAGUGUUUAGUGAAUGAAAAAAGAUACAGGCCUAUUAAUAGUUUGGGAGUCUGAUUUGAUGGGACUGAUAUGUUGUCCUAUACUGGAUACAUUGUUGCUGGGUCAUGUUAAGGCUGCGUUCAUUUGACUCUGCCUGUUGCUCGGUCAUGUGGGGGUUGCGUUAAUUGGACUCCGCCUUUCCUUGUUGAUCCUGCCUAUCAUAUUUUAUUGUUAGUACUGUUGGCUUCAUAUUGACUGCAAAUUGGAAGCUCAUACAGUAUCAAGUUCUUAUAGAUAGAAGUCAAUUGUAUUGGUAACUUUGACUGAUACAGGAGAAAAAUCCUAAUUAUUUAUCUAACCAGAUUUUUCUUUCAUGGUCACAAAUAUAAAUAAAGGAUAUUGAAAGAGUGCAGGAUAACUAAAUACUAAAUUUAUUGAACAAGUUGAAUAAUAUGAUAUUGUAUGAGCGUCAAGCAAGCAUUCUAUUGUUUCAUUCAACAAGUUCUAUGAAUAUAGUAUUGAACUUACAUGAAAAUAAUAUUCAAUUAUCACAUAUUCAAAGUAACAAUGAUUAACCAUUAAAAAGAGUAAUUUUUCAUUGACGCGCCUACAUGAUUAGUGUAACGCAAACAGCACGCUUUAACGCUAUGUUUGUAUAUAAUGCAAAUGGCGUCAUAGUGUUAUUAUAUAAGUGUAAUAUCGUUUUUUAUUAAAUGGUUUAUCACACUCCUGUACUGUACUAAAUGUGAUAGUCUUAAAUGUAUUAAAUAAAACAAUAAAAAUGCUUGAACAGUUCAGAUGUAAUCGUUCAAAGUAGCUUUAAAAUUUAUGUUAAAAAAAGUGCCAAAUGAUUAAAAAAAAAAGAAAGUGAUGAAGUCCUAUCUGUACUGCCUGACAUUAGACCAAUGUUAAAAUUUUGUUUUUGUAAAUUUGUUGUGAUAAGUUAUAUCAGUUGUGCAUUUUGUAAGAUGUUUGCCAUUAUUUUUUUCCUCUAAAAGAACAUUGUAAGGACAGUGUAGAUUGUAUGUUUGUGUAUGUUAACGUUGAUAAAACUUUGACAGCUGGUAUAAGCUAGUUAUAUAUCAGUUGUAUACCAUGAUACAUUUACAAUAUAAAUUAGCUCAAGACUACAGCAUUUUAACGUCAUAAAAAUAAUGGAGUAGAUACAAAACUUUUUUACUCGUGUUUAAUCAUUAUAAAGAUGAUCCAGAAUUUUAAAAAUAAUUUUUGAAGGAAAAUAAAAAAUUUAGAACAUUUUUGCAUAAGAUAUAUAAAUGUAUUGCUGUAAACGCUCUGUCACAAGUUAAUGCCUGUUAUUGUUAAUGCCAUAUGUUCACCAAACUGCAGCACCAAUUGUUAAGUUUUUAAAUUCAGAUGAUAAUGUCUGAGAUGGUGGACUAUUACUCUGCCAGUUUUCAGGAAUGGACGUGUAUUUAAAUAACCUUACCAUCUUAGUAUCAAAAAUAACCGCCUUCGUGGUCGAGGGGUUAGAGUCGAUGACUUUAAUCCAGUUACCUCUCUGGUGUGGAUUUGAUGCCCGGGAGAUGCUUUGGUAGUUUAGCGCAGAGGAAGGUAGUCUAGUACUGGUGUAACUCUCCAGGAACGAUGGUUAGGAAACUAUCCGCCAAUAUGACUGAAAUUCUGUUAGGAAAAGGUGUAAAAUGAAACAAACAAACAAACAAACUUAGUAUCAAAAGGGUUUAAUUUUUUGCAACAUUUUUGGAAUCUGUUCAGACUGUACACAAUUUUUGGCAUUGUCUGUUAUAUUCCUGCCUAGCAUAUAGAAAGUAAUGCAUAUACAAGUAUUGUAUCGGAUGAUUAUGAAUUAUCGCUGAAAAUCCAUAUUUUAUUGUUUGUCUCAAAUACCUGUUAUUACUUUGUUUCCAUUGCUAAGGAAAGAUACACAGUUUGCAUUAAGCAAUAUCAUUCUUUAUUUCAUCAUGUGGCUGAUGUAUUAUGGACAAGUUAAUGCAACAAAUACUAUUGAAGGCCUGUAACUUUAACAUGAUUUUUGACAGAGUUAUGGCCCUUUAUUGAACUGUAGAAAAUGUACAUUAUUCAGGCACUUGUUGUACUAUCAAGUUCUGUGAAUAGUCAAGCAUGCCGUCCUUCUUAUGUAGGAAUCAAUAUGGAAAUUGUUUAUCUUUUACAUAUAUCUUAGUGAUACAAUAGAACUUUGGUCCUUCUAUAUUAACAGUAUACUCAUGAUAUUGUUGUGUUAAUUGAUUAUAGAAAUCUGGAUGUUCUGCUAGGCCAGAUGAUGUCAACAAAUGUAUCUGGCUAAUUAAAUUAUAUCCAAAACCAUACAUACAUACUCCUAGCAUUUUGUCAAAAUUAUUUCCCUUGUUUAAGGUUUACGUACGGGCUUUUUUCAACAUUUGAUAUGAUGAGCCAUCUUCACUAGCACAUGUAAAUGUUUCAUUUGCUAUGUCAAUUGUUUAAAUUUCAAUUGUUCCAUUAAGUCAUUUCUAGGAUUAAUGUCUAUAUGGAUUGUUCAUGUGUAUUUUAAUGACUAAAAAUACACACUGGCUAAAAAAAAACAAAAAAAAAAACAAUGCAUGCUCUCUUGUUCUUAUACUCUUCAUCAUUAAUUAACUUAAUAUUUUGUAUAUCUUUUUUAUUGUGUAAACAUGUGUCUACAA